UCUAUCUCGUUCUUGUAACGGAAACCUCGGCCAUGAAAACGAUUUUUUUGGUUCUGUGUCUUUUUCUUUCAAGCUUGCAUGAGGGUUCUUGUCAGGAUGAUGGUAGUGGUUUGAGUAAUUUGGAUCUAAUCGAACGUGAUUAUCAAGAUAGUGUCAAUGCUCUUCAAGGCAAGAAAGAUGAAGAUCAAUCUGCAAAGAUACAGAGUGAAAACCAGAAGAACAAUACAGUGACUGAUAAGAACACUAUUUCCCUGUCUCUAUCAGAUGAAUCUAAGGUUGGAUCUGUUAGUGAUGAAAGUGUUAAACGUUCGAGCCUGUUGGAUCAAAUCGAACUUGAAUUCGAAGCUCAUCUCAAUAGUCUUAACCAAGCUGGAUCUGUUGGUGUCAAAGCUGAAUCUAAGGAUGAUGAAGAAUUAUCUGCUCAGAGACAAAAGAUGCUGGAAGAAAUCGAACGCGAAUUUGAAGCUGCUUCAACUAGUCUGAAACAACUAAAGACUAAUGAAAUCAACAAAGGAAGUGAUGAAGCACAAGCUGCAAAGAGACACAGUUUGUUAGAAGAAAUCGAACAUGAGUUUGAAGCCGCUACAAAAGAGCUUGAACAACUAAAGGUCAAUGACUUCACCGGGGACAAAAAUGAAGAACAAUCUGCAAACAGAAAGAGUAAGCUUGAAGCUAUUGAACGCGAGUUUGAAGCUGCUAUGGAAGGCAUUGAAGAACUAAAGGUUUCAGAUUCCAGCGGAGAUGAUGAAGAACAAUCUGCAAAGAGACUAAGUGUGCUUCAAGAGAUCGAACGGGAAUUUGAAGCUGCUACAAAAGGUCUUGAACAACUAAAGGUUAGUGAUUCAACCAAGGACAAUGGCGACAAAGAACAAGCUACAAAGAGACAAAGUAUGCUAGAUGAGAUAGAACGAGAGUUCCAAGCUGCUACAGAUAGCCUUAAGCAACUUCAUGUUGAUGAUUCUACUGAAGACAAAGAAAAAUCUGCAAAGAGGCAAAGUAUGCUAGAAGAGAUUGAACGUGAAUUUGAAGCUGCAACAAAAGAUCUUAAACAUCUACAUGAUUUCACGGAAGGCAAUGUUGAUGAUGAACAUUCUGCUAAGAGAAACAAAAUGUUGGAAUAUAUCGAACGCGAAUUUGAAGCUGCCACAAAAGGUCUUGAACAACUAAAGGCUAAUGAUUUCACUGAAGGCACUAAUGAUGAAGAACAAUCUGCAAAGAGACAGAGUAUGCUUGAAGAGAUCGAACGCGAGUUUGAAGCUGCUAUUGGAGGUCUCAAACAGAUUCAAGUUGAUGAUUCCAGAAACAUUGAAGAAGAAUCUGCUAAGAGAAAGGUAAUGUUGGAAGAGAUAGACCAUGAAUUUCAAGAAGCACACAGAGGUAUUAGUGCAAAUGCUGCUAAAGAAGAACUUGCAAAGAAACAGGGUGGCUCUGUUAUAGCAGAGGUUCUUGGACUUGGAAACUCAGGUGUUUGCGGCUGUUUUAAACAAGAAAAUGCUGUUUUGAUACAAGACGAAGAUGCUUCAAUCGUUAUACCCACAAAAUAUAGCAUAGAAGAGAUCCUCUCUGAAGAAUCUGCAAUCAAGGGAACAGAGACUUCUAGUCUCACCGCAUCUUUGACUCAACUCGUUGAGAAUCACAGGAAAGAGAAGGAAUCUCCACUCGGACACAGAGUUCUCACGUCUUCUUCCACAAGCGAAUCAUCUGCUACAUCAGAGACUGUAGAAACCCUAAGAGCUAAGCUGAAGGAGCUUCGCGGCUUAACCGCUAGUGAGCUUGUGACGCGUAAGGAUUUCGAUCAGAUUCUCACUACUGCUGCGAGUUUCGAAGAGCUAAGCUCAGCUCGGAUCAGUUACAUCUCUAGGUUAGCUAAAUACAGAAACGUCAUCAAAGAAGGACUUGAAGCUUCCGAGCGAGUUCACCUAGCGUAGGUACGAGCGACAAUGCUAAAAGAAGCUGCCACAGAGAAGCAAACCGUCGUGGACUCUCAUUUUGCAACAGCUAAAACGCUUGCUCAAAAAGGAGACGCGUUGUACGUUAGAAUCUUUGCGAUCAAGAAACUGUUGGCGACGCUUGAAACGGAGAAAGAAUCUGUUGACGCCAAGUUUAAGGAGACUGUGAAUAACCUUUCUCAUCUUCUUGUUGAUGCUUCUGAGGCUUACGAAGAGUAUCAUGGAGCAGUGAGGAAGGCGAAAGACGAGGUAAGCGGCUGAGGAAUUUGCGAAAGAGGCGACGCAAAGUGCAGAGAUCAUUUGGGUUAAGUUUCUUGAUUCUCUUUAAAGAACAGCUGAGAUUAUUGGUUGUCCUUAGAGCAAAUCUAGAGCUCUUAUUGGUUCUUCUUUUGUAUUUUGGGAUGAUGUUCUGUUUCAGAAUUUGUGUGUUGGUUAUAUCUGGAGAGCGAGGUUAAGAGAUAGAGAAGACGAGAGUCGCUGAUCUCUAUAAUAAUGAAAGCAUUCAAUAUUUAAAUGUUUCACUCUAUAAGACUAUACAUUCUUCUCCUA